AAGAGAUGAAUCGAAGGCACGAGAAGCACCUACCAUGAGCAAGUGCGCCGUAAAUGUAGGCCACCCAUCGGAGCGGGCGGCUUGGGCAGCAUGUCCGGACUGGCCUCUCCUCGGCGGCCCGCCGCCCUCCUCCACCCGAGCACGGCAGCCGUCACCCGGGGAAAGCCUUCCUCCUCUGCGGCCUCUCCGGUGCCACUAAAUUACAUCACAUCUUUCGAUUAUCAAUGGUAGGCAUUGCGUAAUUGCCGCCCCCUCCCCCUUCCUUCCUCUUUAUUGUUUUGAUCCUUAUUAUUUUUAUUUGUCAUUUCCUCCCUCCCCCUUUGUGGAGAAUCGCCACGCAUGCCGCGGUGCUUUUGUUUUGCAUUGACGGGCUCGAGGAUGCCCUUUCCCCGGCCAAAAAGGACUCGCGGUGCAGGAUGCGCGUGAGGCCGGCGGCGGACGUGUGCUGCAUUCACGGACGUCGGACACACCGCGAGCGGGCGUGCUGCGGGCAUCGGGAAGCACCCGGCGGCGGCGGCGGCGGCGGCGGCGGCGGCUCCGGCUCCGGCUCCUCCUCCUCCUCUGCUCCGCGUCCCCCCUCCGCGCUGCAGGAGCAUGCUGCCGGCGUGAAGAAGGGAUGAGGCCGCGUACGGGGACUCCAGCGGGCCACAGCUGCGGCCUUCUUCUCACCGACGCUGCUGCAAAAGCCGCCCACGCGACACCGUCACUGUCAUCACAUCAGCAUCUUUGGUCAUCAGGUAGAUCCAGGAGCAUGAGCAGAACUUUGAGCUGCGGGAGCAGAUGUCUGGCUACAAGCGCAUGCGACGGCAGCACCAGAAGCAGCUGAUCGCCCUGGAGAACAGGCUCAAGGCCGAGAUGGACGAGCACAGGCUGAGGCUGCACAAGGACCUGGAGACGCAGGCCAACGACACUUACGUGGAGCUGGAGAGGCUGGCCAAGCGCCACGCCGCUCAGACCGACAAAGAGAUGAAGUCGGUGUGUGCUGAGGAGAGGAGGAUCCAGCAGCAGAUCGUCGCUCAGCAGAAGAAGGAGCUGACGGCCUUCUUGGAGAACCAGAAGAAAGAGUACAGACUCUGCAAGGACAAAAUCAAAGAGGAGAUGAGCGAGGACCCGUGCGCCCGCAAGGAGGAGAAGCAGGAGCGUCUGUCGCGGCACAAGGAGACGCUUCAGCGCUCGCAGGCCGAGGACGAGGCCGACCUGCUGGCCCAGCAGCGGCUCGUCUACGAACGCAGCUGCCGCGCGCUCAAACGCCGAAGUCUGCUCAGGAAGCACGACUUCGAACGGGAGCAGCUCCGAGAGGAGCUGAACAAGAAGAGGAGCCAGAAGGAGAUGGAGCACGCCCUGCUGAUCCGUCAGGACGAGGGCACGCAGGACCUGGAGCGCCGGCAGCUGCGCGCGCUCCACAAGCUGCGCGCCGAGCUCGUGCGGCUGCAGCACCGCACCGAGCUGGAAAACCAGGAGGAGUACAACGGCCGCCGGCAGCGGGAGCUGGCGCGCAAACACGCGCUGGAGCACCGGCAGCAGCCCAGAGACCUCAAGGCGCUGGAGCUGCAGAUCAAGAAGCAGUUCCAGGACACGUGCAAGGUUCAGAACAAGCAGUACAAAGCACUGCGCAACCACCAGCUGGAGGUCUCGCCCAAAGCCGACCACAAGAGUCUCCUCAAGGGCCUCAAGGAGGAGCAGACCCGCAAGCUGGCCGUGCUGGCCCGGCAGUACGAGCGUUCCAUCAACCAGAUGACGGCCUCGCAAGCGAUGAGGCUGGAGGCCGAGCAGGAGUCGGAGUGCGAGGCCCUGAAGCAGCAGCUGAAGCAGGAGAUGGAGCUCCUGGGCGCCUACCAGACCAAGACCAGGUCCCAGUUGGAGAGCCAGCAUGAGCGGGAGCUGCAGAAACUGGAGCAGAAGGUCUCCGUGCGCAGGGCCCACCUGGAGCAGAAGAUGGAGGAGGAGCUGUCGGCUCUGCAGAAGGAUCGCAGCGAGAGGAUCAAAACUCUGCUGGAGCGUCAGGAACGAGAGAUUUUGUCCUUCGACAGCGAGACUCGCAUCCUGGGCUUCGGCAGUCUGGGCUCUCCGGACGUCUUCCCCAAAGACGACAACAGAUGAAAGCGGACCGGCGGCCACCUUUUGCUUUUUUUCCCCUUUUUUUGGGAACGGCGGAGAACUCGUUUGGAUCCUCUCCAUCUUGUUGGUGGGAUUAUUACUCCUCCUCCUCUCGAUUUUUGGUAUGAAGUGAAUAAUUCAGGAAAUUUUUUGCUAAAAUGGGCACUUUGAUAUGUUUCAGUAGAACUCUGUCGUGGGUGUGUGUGUGUGUGUGUGUGUGUCGAACAGGGGUGGGCAAAGUAUGGCCCGGGGGUCACCUGGGUCAACUCUGUUCUUUGCAUUCAUGUAACUGUUCCCCCCACCCCAAUACAAUUGGUUAAUCAACAUACAUUAAUAGAUUUUUAAACAAAAAAUACAUUUUGUAUUCAUUUAGCUCAAAUAAUUGGCUAAUUGAUUUAUUGUAGAUGAUAAAAAAAAUAUUUUUUGUAAAAUAUUGAUCAAAUAUUUAUCUUUAGCAAUUUUGUGUUUAUUUUGUAAAAUAAGCAGUUAGUUACUUGUGAUUCAAUUAUGAAUACAUAAUAAAUACAUAAAAUACACAAUGGUGAAAUGUAUAGGCCAAUGUAUUUAUUUUUAUAUUUUAUUACUUACGAUAAAUCCAUUAACCAAUAAUUUAAUGGAGCUAAUGAAGAGGUUUCGAACAAAAUAUUUUGUGUUCUUGGUUGAUUUUACAUGGAAAAGAAAAAAAGACAACUGAACAAUUUGAUGUCUACAUAUUUAACAUUGAUAAAAAAAGAUUUCAAUAAGUCAUUAUAAUUACAUUGAUGAUAACUAUCCAAAUAUAAUAGUGAUAAAUGAAACAAUUCGAUGUAAUUUUGAGCUGGACCACCCUUAAACAUUUCUUCAUGAAUUAUGCAGUCUUGCCUUGAGAUACGAGUGACCCGACUUGUGAGUUUGCCGCGUCGCCGUCGUCGAGCAGACUUUUUUGGGUUGGACUUGCGAGCACAAAUGGGCCAAAAUGGAGUUUACUGUCAAACUAUAAACAUAAAACAAAGAGAAUGACACAUUUUGUAUUUCAAACAGCCAAAUAGCUUUGCCCCAAUCAACUCCGUUUAGCUUAAUGCUAACACAUACUGGGAAACGCCAUUGACUGGCUAACAAAUAGCACCAGUGUCUCGGUAUUAUAACGCUCGAAGCAGACAAAAUAACAAUCCUCACAGGCAUAUAUUCUUUAUCUCAAGACAGCGCUGUAAUUGCAUUAACUAUGCAUUGUACAAUUUCAAAGUAAGAAUGUCCCAAAGAAAUGCCGAGACGUCACCGACGUUGACAUUUUACUCUCCUUUUCCUGACCUCAUCUACGAAUGAGCUGGCCCAUUUUUUUCCCCACCUUUCGAAACAAAAUUUGGCCCUUGAGCACAAAAGUUUGCCCACCUCUGAUGUCGAGGGACAUUGUGGAAUGUGAGCUGCUCUUCUUCUUCUUCUUCUUCUUCUUCUUCGUGUUCUUCUUCCUCUCCGUCUCAAGCUGCUUUCCUCAUGAUUUUUCUUCUUGUUUUUUUGUUUUGUUUCGUUUUUUUCCUCUGAAUUGUGAACGCGAGCGUGGGAGACCCCCGUCGCGGGCGUCAUGGCUCCUCUCAUUGCAUGCACUUUAUUAGGGACACGUGACGCAUGGCUGUGUUUGUAAAUAAAGUGGUCAUCAGCAUUUUAGGUUGCAACCCCAAAACCCGACCCCAUCAGUUAUGAUAGGUUCGCAUCCACGAGCUAUGACAGGUUCACAUAUGCCUUUCUUUCAGUUUUUGUGCCUUUUUAUUUUUUGAUUUGUGUUCUUUUUUUUUUCUUCAUCAGACUUGUUGUACAUGACCCAUGGUGAGAAUUGUGCUGUUUUUUGAUAUGAAUAUUUGUACUUGAGUAUAUAGCUAGAACACGCCCACCGAUACCGGUCUAUUUACUCACGGGACGGAGCUUACAAUUUUUUAUCGCUAUCGUCUCGUUGUGAGAGAUUGUACCGUAACGGCGGACAGAAUUACACACACGCGCGCGCUGGAUUAUUCAUGGAUUAUUCACUAGGGUUGCAAAGGUACAAUUAUGAGGAGUUGGACACUUUUCAUGGGAUUUUAACUUUAUACGGUAUAACUUAAUAGCACAUGCAUUGAAAUACCUGCAAAUUCCAAGUGAUUUUUACAAAAGUAGUUUACGAUUUGCAACGUUUUGGUUUUACUUUUAUAAAAAUAAAAAAUAAAAAAAUAAAAUUCAAAAUGUGUUCAUGAUUUAUAUAUUUUUAUCUAUUUAAUGUAUCAAUGAUUUUGGUGUAAUUGAUGUAUUUAUAUAUUAUCCAUGUAAUUAUUCUCUUUAAAAUUAAUUAGAAUGGAAGCAAAAAAACUGUUCAAAUACAUUGUAAUUCAAAUAUAAACAGUGUUCAAAGUGAUAAGAAUUUAAAAAAAUAAAAAUGUAUAUUGUUUUAUUUCGACAAAUUGCCACUUCCAGGCAUUUAUUGUCGUCGUCCCCCCCCCCCCCCCCCCCCCCCAAAAAAAAAGUAAAAAAAUAAAAAUAAAAAUGUGGACCCAUGCUUUAAGCACUCUUUGAAAUACUUGGACAAUCGGAAUAAAAUUGCUGAAAUAUUUGUUUUUCUUGUACUUUUAACUUAUUUUCCUUUAAUUUUAAUUUAAUUCAUUUAUAGUUAUUUAAUCAACAAUAUCCAAUUUGUGCACUUAUUCUAUUCAAGUAUUUAUUCUUUUAGCAAAUUAUUAUCCUACAAAGUGAAUUAAAUCAAUUAAAUUAUAAUCCUACAAAAUAAAGCCCUUAAAAAUAAAUUAGAAUGAAAUAAAAGUAUAUAAAAUCAAUGUUACGUCCGUAAAUUUAAAUAAUAAAUAAAUAAAUAAACAAUAAUGGCACAAAUAGUUUUCAUUCACUAUGUUCAUUUGCCAUGGCAGAACAUGAAUUGUUUAAAAAAAAACUAACGUCAAGCAACUUCAUUAGAAAAGCGCUGGCUAAUUAAUUUUUCCGGUUACUUUAAUCUGUUAACUUUUUGGGGUGUCCUUUCUGAACUGAUCGGCUGGUAGAAAUCACAUGACCCCAUAGAAAAUAUGCAGGAAAACUACAGGCUGCACUUAUAUUUUUAUGAAGAAACAUAUUUCUUUAUUGAAGCAUGUAAGUGUAUAUAUAUAUAUAUAUAUAUAUAUAUAUAUAUAUAUAGUACAAGUGCACAUUGACAUUGGGAACAUCCUGUAAUUUUAAAUGAUUUUCCCUUUAUUCCCAUGGAAAGUUUCCAAGUAGAAUGUUGCAACCUCGGCACUCACACACUUACAAAAGAGAAAGGAAACGUCUUGCGUUCUGCAUUAACUGUGAUCCAUUGGCACAAUAUUUGCCAUCAUGUUCAUUGAUCAGGUUGCACAAUUUCCAUUUUGGACCGAAUGGAAGAAAGAAUCGUUUGGUGCUUCAUUUCUUACGCCAGUUGCAGCCUUGUCCUCCUUUUUGCCCUCACAGUCAACAACGCUCUUAACAAAUCGCCAAGAGUCCACACUAAAAUGGACUUUUGAAAAAAUGAGCCCUGAGAACAAGAGUGGGUUAACGCUAAAUCAUAUUUUUGUCAUUUUGCACGACAAGGUUUUAUGGCUGCAAUAAAAUCUGAGCAAUUGAUAUCUUGGUGAUUUAUAUGACGGAUGCUUACCUCUUCUGGAUAUUUCAUUGUUACAGAAAUUGUUGUUCUCCUCAGAUUGUGCCAAAUAUAAAUGAGUCUUGGACUUCGAUCAUACUGCAUACUCAUUUUACAUGAUAUCGUUUGCACUUUUAUCCUUCCAUCGUCUUCAGUUGAGUCGUCAAGACUGGCUGAAAGACAAGAAACAAAGUGGAAUUUGAAGAAAAAAACCCCAAAACAUUUCGCGCCAUAGCGGUCUGUCAUCAUCUUGAGUUGAAUCGUCUACGUUGCUUGAAAGAAAAGAAAACAAACCACAAUUAGAAAACAACCUUUAAGUGCAAUCGUGGUCCAAGUCCAAACAUCCCGUGCACUUUUAUCCUGUCAUCAUCGUCAAUUCAGUCAUCUCGCCAACUGGAAAGAGAAGAAGCCAACCAGGAUUGCAGAAAACAUUUAGUGCAAUCGUGGUCCAAGUGGAAACAUUCAUCAAAUCUAUCGACGAUCAUGAAAAGUGAUACAUGGCGUGCUAGUUAUGAAAAAAAAAUACAAAAUCGUUCGGUGCAAUGCUUUUGUCUCGUCAUCGUUUUCAGAUCAGUCAUCUCGGUCGCUUGAAGGAAAAGAAGAAAACUGGGACGAUCGAAAAAGUGGAGCGCAAUUGUGGUCCAAGACCAAACGUGCGUCACAUCUGUCAACAUCUCGCGAAGGAUGAGAAAUCACGUAAUAAUUACGGUCGGAGUCUUCUAUCCGUGAAAAGUGUCGCGUGUGUUUUUCGGACUGACCCGAAAGUGCCAAAGUCGUGACUAAAACUUGAUUUCGACCGGUAUUCGUCUGAAAGAUGUGCUUUGCCACCCCCCCCCCCCCCCCCAAAAAUGGACUUGGCCCACUCUAGUUCUCAGUGGCUCAAAUUGUUAUUGGAACUCGAUUUAAUGUGGAUCGUCUUGACUUCACUUUCGAAACCACGACAUCAGAUAAUAAAUAACGAUAAUAACGAUAAGAACCCUGAAGGCAAUAGAAACGCACCAAUCUGAGUGCGGAACGGUUCCUUCAUGGAACUUUUAAAAGUCAUUUUCCAAAUGAUGUGAUGAUGAUGAUGAUGAUGAUGAUGAUGAUGAUGAUGAUGUUCCUGGGAUGCAGUAAGGCCUUUUCAUGUGUGUGACCGAAGCCUUCAUGAGUCCAAAAAGUGCUACGAGGCUCCUUCGCUGUCUUCAAAUGAAUAAUGGCAACACACACACAAAACAAAAACAAACAAACAAAGAAAACAAAACAAAAUCGGGGGGGGGGGGGGGGGG